GAAUGUAAACAGUUGGUUAUAUUUUAGUUCAACUGGUGGUGAAUUAAUGACAGCAAACUGCAGCGGUGAAAGACAAGACAUCAAAUCAAGUUAGUAGAUUUCAGUUUACAAUGCAAAAAUAAUCCCUCUGGUAUUUUAGACCAACUUAUUUAGAGACUGUGUUAUUUCAAGACAAUAAUAUAUUUACGUGUGACUGGCUUAAUGUCAACAAGAGGUAGUUGUAGUUAUUGUUCUGAUCAGAUUUACUGUGUGUCUGGAUCAAACUGGAAACUUACUUUUGGAGAAGGAACGAAACUGACCAUAGAGAGCAAGGACGAGUUCGAGCCAUACUACUACAAAUUGCAAGAUGAUGAGACCACGGUUUGCCUGGCCACCGGCUUCAGCAGACACAAUGCUACAUCAAACCACACAGACUACUCUGAAGAGUUCAAGAAGACUGAAGCCGGUCGCAUAUCAUCUCCAGAUCCCGCUCUGUACAACCAGGUGAUUUUUCCAACAGACAAUGGAGAACAAUGUGAAGCAUCUGGUACUGAGUCCGGCCCAUGUGAAGAUACUCUGACACCAGAUCCAAUGGUGAAUGGAGUGUCUUUUACCAUCCUGGUCCUCAGAGUGAUCUUCCUCAAGACCGUCGUCUUUGACAUCCUGAUGACUAUGCGGCUGUGGAUCAGUCAAUAAACUGGACAAACCUUCACCAGAAGGAAGAAAUCUCCACGAUGAAGAUUCAACAACCUAUUGUUCCUGUAUUAUAACGUGUAUAAAUCUCACAUCAGCUGUUCAUCCCUGUGGACAGACAUGAAAGCUUUUUUGUAUCACAUGUAACGCUGAUUAUUUGGAAAAAUAAGUUUAUAUUGUUGCUGUUUUUUGUUCUUUCUGUCUUAUAAUCACACUGACAUUUAACUCACUGCUCUGUCAUAUCUGCUGUGUACAAUAAAACUGGAAAACACA